CACUAGACUCAAGUUUCACUUUGGGGUCUGGGCUCCCGCAGCCGUGCACUUCCCCGCACGCUUCCCAGCUCCGGUCUGCAGGGCGGACUUGCUUCCCGUCGUGGGCCCAGAGCCAGGGGUGACCGUCGCGGUGAGCUGCAACCCACGGCCAGAGCCGGCCCCACUGCCUGGAGCCAUGGCAUCUACCUUCGAGGGCGUGGUCAAGAGGGUGAUCCGGGAGCUGGACCACGGCGGCAAGCUGAUGCCCGUGGACAGCCUGCAGAGCUCCGCCGGCUUCCAGCCCUACUGUUUGUUGCGCAGGAAGCUCCCAAUGUCGCGGUUCCAGAAAGUCCGCUACACGGGCAUCAACCUGUCCAUCAGGGACAUUCUGGAGCCUGGCGCCCCAGAACCAGGUACCCCGUCCGCUGGGAGGGGAGGGACGGGGGGCCUGCUGCCCGUUCCGCGCCUCUGGGCUUUCAGCCUUCCAACAACAGAGCCUUUCCAACCCUCUGCGCGGGCGGGCGAUGGACGACAGGGGGACGGGGCCUCAGCUCUGGUCUGGCUCGACGUGAAACAAAGCACGCCCAUCCGCGUCUUCGACUGCACGGACGGGGAGGCGCUGGGCGGCGGGGAGCUGGAAGCCGCGGGACAGGGGAGGCUCGCGGGCAAGGCGUCGGUGUCCGAGUACCUCAGGAUCUCAAUGAAAGUGUGCACACGGAAGGUGGACCCCAACGUCUGGGACGCCAUGAAGCGAGAGAGGCGCCUGCGGCAGCCCGAGCACAAGAUCCUGGGGCAGCUGCGCAGCUGCAAGAGCGACGUGUUCGUGGUGACAGAGGUCCUGCAGACGCAGGAGGAGGUGACCGUCAGCCAGACCCAGAAGCACGAGGGCUCCGGCCAAUUUGCGCUGCUUGGAGCCUUAUCUUUCCAGGGCCAAGGCCAGGGCCGCCGGAGCCGGAAGAAGAAGGUCAGCAUCCCCGCGGGCACCGUCCUGGCCUUCCAAGUGGCCCAGCUGCUCGUUGACCCUGACUGGGAUGUCCUCCUCUACUGGGACAAGAGGGGCAAGAGGCCGAAGACCUUCAGGCCGCCCCACGAAGACCGCCAGCUGGUCUUUGAAAGCCCCACAAUGGAACACAAGAUCUCCAGAAUAUCUGCUCAACAACCCCGGGAACGUGGGUGGGCACCCCUUUCUGCCCCCCGGGAGUCUGCCCUUCCCGACCAGGGUUCUCCGGUCAGUGUUAGUCCUCUUGCCACAGACGGGUUUGCUGAGGUCGGUCCUGCGUUCACGGGAGACUUCCAGGGCCUGCAGGCAGAGGUGGCGGCCCAGGCCCAGGCCCUCCGGGGCCUGUCCCGGGAACUGUGCGGGCAGCUGCUGGCGGGCUUGGCGCAGGUGCUGCGGGAAGAGCGGGCCCUGCAAACUCUGGAGGACGAGCUGGAACAGGGCCUGAGCUGUGCGGUGGUGCCCACCCUGGAAGGUCCAGCGGGCGCCGUCCUGGAGUGCCUGGUGAACAGCUCCGGGGAGCUAGAAGGGCAGCUGGCGCGCCCUGUCCUCUACCUGGCGGAAGCACUGGCCGUGCUGACUGAGACCCAGCAUGCGGUGCUCGGGAAGAUGCUGGAGACCGGAGAGCUGUCUGGGCGGUUGGACCUGGUGGGGAGCGUCUUGGAGCAGAGCAGCCCCUGGCAGCAGUGUAGGGACCUGUCCCUGCCGCCAGAGCUCCUGGGGAGCGGCUGGGGCCCGGAGACGCCUGCCUGGGUCCUGCUGGAGGAAUGCGGGCUGGAGGUGCAGGCGGACGCCCCCCAGGUGCGCUGGGAGCCAGAGGCCCAGGACCUCACCUGCGCUCUCUUUGCCUGCCUGGCCCUGCUGCUGGGGCUGAGCCCGGAGAGCUGCUGGGGCUGAGCCGCUCUCCGGCUCCCCUGGGCAGCUGCAGGGGCACGGGGGUGGGACACAGCUCGAGCCCAUCCCACCACCCCACCCCGCCAGGGGCCGAGAGCCCCAGCCAGCCCGUGGCCAGUUCGUCCCAGGGCCGUGCGUUGGGAGAGUCAAUAAAUGUGGUGUACGACGGA